AAACAGACACAAAGAGGAAGAAGAGGGGGAGAAGAAUGACGUAGUUUCCUGUUUGGCUGCAGUGGUGGCGGGAGAUUCCAGCAUGGCGGUGCAGCCGAAACAGAACCUGUCCAUGGACAGUGCAGCCGAGCACGGCUUUCUAAACUUCAUCUUCUCCAUGCCGGAGAAGCCGGACACGACUUUCAGGAUAUUCGACCGCAACGACUACUACACGGCUCACGGGAAAGACGCCAUUUUCGCCGCGAAGGAGGUUUUCAAGACUAACGGGGUCAUCAAGUAUUUGGGCUCAGGGAGUCGUAAGCUGGAGAGCGUGGUGCUGAGCAAGCUGAACUUUGAGGCCUUUGUCAAAGACUUGCUGCUGGUGAGGCAGUACAGAGUGGAAGUGUACAAGAACCACAGCAAGAGCAGCAAGGAACACGACUGGAAGGUCGAGUUCAAGGUACUGUGUUCGUCAUCUAACUCUUUUGUAUGAAUGUAGAUGAGCCUC